AAUACUCAACUUCAGGGGAAGCAAAGAUGAUGAAAAAACUCUUUUACACCCUGUCCCUUUUUACUUUGCUCGGUGUGGCGGGUUUUCUUUUGUUUCUGCACUUCAGUAAAUACAGAUCUGUAACUCUUUUAACUGUGUAUCAUGCAGCAAAUGGAAACAUCCGCCUUUCUUCGAUGAGACGUGUGGGACUGAUUUGGAAAUGGACUAAUGCCACAAAUGCCAGACAAGAGAAGACACGGAUGCCACCUAAUACGAGCAAGUCUUUAGGACCCUGUCCUGACACCCCUCCAGGUCUUAAGGGUCCUCUCAAUGUGGAUUUUGAUUAUAAACAGACUUUGGAUGAGGUGAGAAAGAAUAUCAGUUCUCCUUUCAAGGAAGGAGGAAGGUACAAGCCACCGGACUGUAUCGCCCGACAGAAGGUGGCGAUCAUCAUGGCAUUCUGAAAUCGGCAUGAGCACCUGAAACACUGGCUGUACUACCUCCAUCCCAUAUUGGAGCAACAGCAGUUGGACUACGGUGUCUACAUCAUCAACCAGGAUGGAGAGGGUGUGUUCAACAAGGGUACAUUGAUGAAUGCAGGAUUUGUUGAAGCACUGAAGGAAUAUGAUUAUGACUGCUUUGUCUUCUCUGACAUAGAUCUAGUUCCUAUGGAUGACCGUAAUCUCUAUCGAUGUUUUCAAAAUCCCCGACACUUGUCUGUGGCUAUCGACAAAUUUAACUUCCAGUUACCCUACGGUACUAACUUUGGUGGGGUUUCUUCAUUGUCCAAGAGCCAAUUCUUAAAGAUUAACGGCUUCUCGAAUACUUUCUGGGGCUGGGGUGGUGAGGACGAUGAUAUCUAUCAGCGAGUUAUCUUCCUUGGAAUGUCUAUUUCUCGACCUGACUUGGUGAUAGGAAAGUACAAGAUGAUCAAACAUGUGAGAGAUUUACACAAUGAGCAGAAUCCAGUGAAUGCUGGUAAACUGAGACACACAAAUUCGACCAUGAAUGAAGAUGGGAUUAAUUCCCUAAAGUACACAGUCAAGGAGAUUGUUAAAGAUAUACUGUACACCUGGAUCACUGUGGAUAUUCAAUCUGAGGAUAUGGAUUCAUGACUAAAUGUUGAUUCUUCAGUCAACCCUGUGUUCUUUUUAUAUAUUGACAGGCUAGACAUAUAUCACAUGUGACAUAGAUAACACAGAAGCCAGACAGACACAGAAGUGUGUUUGGUUGGCCAGUGAAAUGGUGAAGGGAUUUUAUAUUUCGAUUUUCAUUGAUACAAUACUUUCUUUGUCUUUACUGUCAAAUGCAAUAACUUUACAAGUUGAAACUUGUAUGAAAUCUUUAAAUUAUUAUUAUUC